ACGGAAUGCACCAACCAUUCACAACCACCAGCUUCAUGGCCCUGUACACGUGUUUCGUUUGAUCAGAAAAAGCGCAGAGAGGACUGCAAAAUUUACCCUUCUCAUCUCUCACAUGAACUCCUCCUCUGCUUCCGUAAUCCGACAAUGGCUGCCGCAGUUUCGACGGUGAAUCUCCUCCACCUGCCAGCUAAGUCUUCCGAGCUGCGGCUCUUCGUUGCCGGCGCAUACUCGAUUCUCCGCCUCAGAAGCUCAGGAUUGUGGUCGCCUGAGAGUCGAGUGGUGGCUACGAAGCUGCCGAGUAUUGAAGCCGUUAGGUGUUUGACGAAGCCUACGGAGGAGAGUGAGCCGGAGAAUUUUUCGAGUGAUGAGGAGGAGGUUAGGGAAGGUGAGAAUAAGAUGGAGUCGCAACAGGACUCCCUUGAUGCUACGGCUCGUCCUGAAUUCUCCAACGGUUCCGCCGUCUCGAAAACUCUCGCCGGAGAUUCUUUGUCCCUCGGCAUUCGUGAACCUGUUUACCAGGUAGUGGAAGUAAAGUCAAGUGGGAUGGUUUCAACUAGGAAAAUCAACAGACGGCACCUACUGAAAUCUAGUGGUGCCUUGCAUUCACGGAUACAGAGAUUGGAUACAGACUAUGAAGCUUCCUAGAGAGAAGGAGGAGAAUCGUAAUUGUAGAGAGAGAGAGAGAGAGUCACUCUCACUUCACAUGCAGAGCUGUUUCUUAUUAUGAUGUUGGUGGCAGCACAGCAAUUCUACCAAAAGCUUACAAUUUAGCAUUUACAUAAGUCGAAUGUGUGACACAAGCCAUCACAGCUCAAUGAGAAACAUAAGCAAGACACGCUAGUCAAUUGUAGUUGGAACUAAUGUACAUUUUUUACACUUUCCCACUUAAAAAAAAAAAAAAAAAAAAAAAAAAAAAAA